UCUGGAUUAAUGAGCUUAUACUGAGAAUGCUACCUAUUAGUGAAUAGAGAUAGCCAUGUUUUGCAACCAACAUGGGAGGACGUCAAAGCCUAUCAAGAAAACAAAAUAUUUAUUAAGUAAAUAAUAGAGAACUCUGGGAAAGUGUGACGCGAAGGUCCCAAAGGCCUGUAUCCCUGAUGAUCCAGUUAUUAUUUGAUUUAUGUCAGCUUGCAGUUGCCCUUGUUUUGACCCUAAGAAGGCCUGUGUGGGAAGCUUGUCUCUCAGAUAGAGCAGAAACAUUGCUCUGUAGAAUGUCUGGAGCCUAAGUAUAUAUUAAAAAAAAAAAAAGAAAGAGGAAGAAAGAAAGAAAACCUAAACCCUGAUAAAUAGGGGAAAGGCCCAGUUUGCUCCAGCUGGACAUCAAGGAGCUGAAGUAAUUGCUGAAUCAUAAUAUACUCAACUCACUCUGCAUGGAAGAGGACAGACUGUAGUUUUAUCUUCCAUCUAUUGAAUUUGCCCUUGUGACAAAGAAAAACAAUCAAGCAAGAUUUAUUCUUAAACCCAUCAUUUACUGAAGUGAAUGAAGCAGUGGGAAUUGGACCAGAAUAUGGCAAAUACUUAUGUGACAGUAUCUGAUGGGUACUGUCUUGCUGAACCUAUACAGUAUUAUGAUGUAUUACCAGAACAUAUCAAUUAUCAGCUACAGGACCCUGAUUACCAAGCAGCACCUUACUGUCAGUAUUCAACUGUCCAGUUUUCUCCAACUUUACAAUCUCUACCUUCUCAUAAUCACUACAAUGCAUAUAGUUUGGAUUCACAGUAUAAUGAUGGGCAAUACAUACUUAGCACCAGCGAAUUAAAUAAGCCCACUUGUAUGGUUACUCAUGAGCCUGAUGAUGGAUAUCCAGGAAUAAAAAGAUCUAAACUAAAUCAUUCUUCUAUAAGAAUUAAAGGACAAGAAGAACUUUGUGUGGUUUGUGGUGAUAAAGCUUCAGGAUAUCAUUAUAAUGCACUUACCUGUGAAGGUUGCAAAGGUUUUUUUCGUCGUAGCAUCACCAAAAAUGCAGUAUACAGAUGCAAGAAUGGUGGGCACUGUGAAAUGGAUAUGUACAUGCGUAGAAAAUGUCAAGAGUGCCGUUUGAAAAAGUGUAAGGCAAUGGGAAUGUUAGCAGAAUGUUUGCUAACGGAAGUACAGUGUAAAUCCAAACGACUUCGAAAGAACUUUAAGCAGAAGAAUAGCUUUUUUUGUAACAUCAAAGAAGAAGAAGGAAUAGACAAUAAGCUUGUAUCAUCUACAACUAGAUCUAGAAAACUGGACAGAGUAGAACUAACUCCAGUGGAACAUCAGCUCAUUGAUCACAUUGUGGCUGCUCAUCAAAGAUAUACAAUUCCACUGGAGGAAGCAAAGAAAUUACUCCAGGAAUAUGCAAAUCCUGAGGAAAGUUUCCUGCGCCUUUCAGAAACAGCAGUGCUUCAUGUUCAGGUGUUGGUGGAUUUUACAAAGAGACUUCCAGGAUUUGAAAGUUUGGCCAGUGAGGAUCAGAUUGCAUUGCUGAAAGGGUCAACGGUUGAAGCAAUGUUCCUUCGUUCAGCUCAGAUCUAUAAUCAGAAAGUUAAUGAGUGUCUUUCAUCAUCCAGUGGAAAUGCUGUAAGGUUUUCUGAUAAUUCACUAUGUUAUCAUAAUCAGGACACAGAUCAAAGUAUUAUUUAUUCUAUGGAAACCCCUCACAAUGAAGAGAGUCCAACUUCUACUACUACAUCUGGCAUCACUGAAGAUUUUAUUACUGCACUCUUUUACUUCUACAGAAGCAUGGGAGAACUGAAUGUUACUGAAACUGAAUAUGCUCUGCUUGCAGCAACAACUGUGUUUUUUUCAGAUCGUCCCCUACUUAAAAACAAGCAACAUGUGGAAAAAUUACAAGAACCACUUUUAGGAAUUUUGUAUAAAUAUUCAAAAAUUUAUCAUCCAGAAGACCCUCAACAUUUUGCUCGUCUCAUAGGAAGACUUACUGAGCUCAGAACAUUAAAUCACAAUCAUUCAGAAGUUUUGAUCACCUUGAAAUCCAAGGACCCUAAACUUAAUAGUUUACUCUGUGAUAUUUGGGAUAUGCACUGAACAGCUAUGAAUAUUGCUGAGAUUCCAUAAUCACCAGCUUUUUUCCUUAAAUUUCUUGAAAGACAAAUUGUUCAUUUACUUUAUUUUUAGAAAAGUUUUAUUUUGUGCCUUGUGUUUUAUAGUACAGUCUUUUCCCAUUAGCCACCCCCGCCCCUUUGCCCUUCCUCUCACAUAUCCUACCUAAUUACAGAAAAUAGACAGCCAAUUUGAAGUUUUAUCUGUAUUUCAUAUCUAUAAUGCCUCUGCCUCUUUCAUUCCUCAUCUCUAUCUACUAGCUUUUUUGGUUUCCUUCAAAUCUCAGAUAAAGUUGCACCUUCUACAAGCCUUUUUCUGUUCUCUUAAUCUUAGUGCCCUCUCUCUAAGAUUAUUUUAAAUUUACUCUCUUCACAUCAGGUUUAUAAAAAAGUGUUUGCACAUUGCUUCCUCCAUUAGACUGAACAAAAGAUAGGUACUCUUAGCUCUUAGCAAAGUGCCUGGCUCUUUAGCUGGCUGACUGAGGAGAAAGAGGUAUAUUUCAUUCUCAUUUUUCCAGGAGCAAGAUAGUUAAUGACAAUUAUUGUUUUUUAGUUUUGUUAGCAUUUACAUUUAGUCACUAUACAUUAAUUUCUUGGUUCUGCUUUCCUCUUUUUUUUAGGUACUUCAGUAUCUAAAAAAAGUUUGACAGAGGAUGCUUAAAUCAAUACUAAUAGGGUCGGUGUGUGAAAAACUCAACAUUUUAAGGGGGGAAAGUAUCAGUGCUUGUUGUAUUUUAUUGGACAAAUAAUAACACCACUGGAGGGACAUCUAAGACCAUCCUAGCUGGAGGCAUAAAAGUCCCUCUAUAAUUCUGUUGUGGAAUGGUUCUUUUUAUGGAACCAAUGAUCAAGGGAAGGAAAUUAAGGAUUGUACUGGGCUACCAAAGUCACUAUAAAAUCUCUUAAACUUUGUUUCCAUUAAAUUGACAAGUAAACAUAUCCUUAAUUUUUUGGAACUGAAGACAAUUUUUACACAAAGGGAGAAAGGUAAAAAGACUAAUUGGAGCAAAUAGUUGUAGAUGAAGAAAAGUUCACAUUUCUAUAAUAUUUAUUAUCACCUUACAGAUGAAGAAAUUGAGAUUGAGGUUCUUAACUGAUAUUUAUUAUAUAGUAGUUUAAAAUAGACAAAGCAUUUUAUGUAUAUGAUCUCAUUUGAUGCUUACAAUAACCCAGGGAAACAAAUCUUACAGGUAUUAUUACCCUCAUUUUACAGAUAAGGAAACUAGGAUUGAUGGAACUUAAAUGGUUCACUACUCAAAUUAUAGCUAGAAAGUGAUACAACCUUUUACCACUGUCUUCUAGAAUAUACUGCCUCUCAGGGAGUUUGUGGCAGUAGUUUCACAACAUAAUUAAUAUAGGUCAGCCUUGAAUGACACAUUGAAUGAGAAAAUACCUGGAAUAAGAUGAUAAAGGACAUUUUAAAAAACAUUCCUAUUACAAUACUUAGUGAUAAAAGAGGUAAUAGGUGGUAGGGCAUUGUAGUUGUCCUCCCUCUGCUUUUAUUUGUUUAAAUCUUACUUUUUUAUUAAAGAUAUAUUUACCUUAUUUUAAUAAUUUUUCCUUAUUCCUCUUCUCCAAAACUUUAAAAUAGCUUAUUUCUGUAAUGCAUUUUUUAGGGUAUGCUUUUUUGUGAUAAAGUGGCAAAAUAUAUUAGAUUUUUAUCACAUUUUUGUACUGUAUUUUGACUUUUUAUUGUUUCAUAUAUAUAUACUAAUGAGUCAUAUCAGUAAAGGAAGCGAUCAAUUACAAAUCCAGUUUUGGGAGUUUGUGAAUGAUAUAAAAAUACUGAAACUUUAUGAUAAAGCAUCUCCUUGAAACUUUUACUAUGUAAUGGGAAAAUGUAGCACAAUUCUAUUUUUAAUCCUUAUAGCUAAUAUUUUUGCAUGCUUUACAUCUUUUGUAAAAGUAAUAUUGUUCUCAAAGCACACAAUAUUUUUGCAAAUGUGUUAGUUAUAUUUUGAGAAAAAUAUUUUGUGAAGCCUGUGGCUUAGGAACCAACGAGUUCUAUUAUUGUAAAAAUGCUUUCUAUGACUGGGUAUAAAUAAAAAUAGAACAAUGAAAA